AUCAAAUGAGGCUGGGACCGGUUACUGCUCAACUGAACAACGAAACCGUGCGGACUCCCAAUGGGACGCGAUGUCUCCAUGGAUUCCUCCAGCAGCAAGAGUUAUUUUCUCCUGUUCAAGAUAUGCAUCCUGGCGAUCGGCACUUGUGGAGCUGUAAGAGUUACGGUGCCAACUGAAAUGAUCCUGGGGACUGUUGGACAACCUCUGCUGCUCCCUGUAAACUACACUACUGGAAUCAAAGAUCAGAACACUCAGAUAACCUGGACUUUCCAAAGCCAAUCUUCAGGUUCCAUGCUUCUGGUGACAGCCAUAAACAACACCUUGACUCCUGACAUGGAGCACGGCCACAGGUUUUUCUUGUCUCCUCCCAGUGCCACACUGUUAAUCAACCCAGUACAAUUAACUGAUGAUGGUGAAUAUACCAUAAAAGUGACUGUCUCUGGAGUGAAGAUGGAAUCAGCUAGUCAACAACUGACUGUUCAGGUCAACGUUCCGGUCUCUAAGCCAGUGGUGCACAGUGAUCCUGCCUGGGGAGCAGUGGAGUACAUAGACAAUGCAACACUCACAUGUACCGUGAGCAAAGGCACAAAGGUCAUUUAUCAGUGGCUAAAAGAUGGAAAGCCGUUACCAGAAAGCAGCCGUCACAUCUUCUCUGUAGACAACAAGAUGCUGUUCAUUUCUCCAGUUCUAAAAGACGACUCGAGUAAUUACACCUGUGUAGCAAAGAACCUGAUUAGUAUAAAUGAGAGUGAACCGAUUGCACCAAAUAUUUACUAUGGCCCCUAUGACUUGAUGGUGAAGUCUGAACCUCGAUUCAAAAUUAGUGAAGGAGUGUUUGCUGUUGGCAAAGGAGAACCAGUCUGGUUUAAAUGUUCAGCAAAUUCCAACCCACCGAAUGACUACUCGUGGUUCCAAAAAGCCAACAACAAGACGACACCUAUCCAUCGGGGGCCGGUAUUAAAUAUCAUGUCUGAGAAAGUACCCGAGAAAGCUGAUUACAUGUGCUGUGUCUACAACAAUGUCACAGGCAAGCGGGACGAAACUCAGUUCACACUCAUUCUCUCCCACACCGGUCAAGAAAGGCGGAAAUAUAAAGGAAGCUCCAUCCACUCAUUGGUUAUAAUUGUUGGAUUGUCAAUAACUCUGAUCGUCUGCAUACUUCUUUACUUUAUUCUAAAAAGAUAUUUUCCUCGAAAAGUGAUUAAGAAGGAAGUGUACCACAGGUCACCGACAGAUUAUAUACGAGCACACCAAGUAUCAGUAGAACAAGAGCCAUCUAUGGAUGAUUAUGGAAUAUAUGAAUUUGUUGCUGUACCAGAGCCUGCAUCAUUUCCACAGGUUCCACCAGAUAAGUUAAGCACUGUGUAUGAUAUUAUUCGAGUACCAGAUAUCCGCACAGUUUAUGACGUCAUUUGCCAGACACCAAAAACGUCUUGAUGUUGGACUCAUCAUAACAGUUGAAUGCUGUAUUUUGUCACAGCCAGAAGAUUGAGGCAGUUGAGCAAUGAUUAUGUGUUUUGACAACAAACUAUAAAGACAACCAAGGUCAGACAUGAAGACGCAGAACCUUUUACUGUCCGGCAUGUGGGAGAAUCAAAAGGACUGAAGCAAUUUGCAGAACAUUUAUUCAUCUACAAAGCUCUAACAAUUCAACUUUUAAUUCAGCGGUGUAUGUAAUAUGUGAAUAAGAAUAUGUUAUCAAUGACUGCAUUAGAUUAUCAAAAAGUAUCUUUCAUUUUUAAGUGUUACCGAUAAAAUGUAUUUAUUCUUAAACUUAAACAGUCAUUCUGUGUAGGGAUUGGUUUACAUUUACCUUGCGAAUUUUAGAUGUUUAUUGAAAUCAGGCACAUUUAUUUAUAGAAAAAAAGUAAAAUUAUACCCGAGACUGAAUCCAGCCAUAAUUCACGGUGUAAAUCAUAAACUCAAUUAUAUUGCAGUGUUUCCAGUCUUCGCAUAUCACACUCAAAAUUGAAGACUAUUUACCUUUUUUGACAUUUAAUUGAUAACCUAACUCAGAAAAACCAUAACAUUAAUUGUAUGGCAACUCUAUUCCUUUAGAGAGAGUCUCCUCCAUUGUGUUGAGACACAUUGUUAAUAACAAUCGAACAUGCAUUUAACAAUGGUAUAGUUAGCCCGAGGGUGCUUAAAACAAAUAAUUAUUCCAAAAAGUGUUCCACUCCAUUGAUGGCAGCCCUUGUUUAGACAAAAACAAAGUUUAAAUCAUCUCUUCUGAAUCGGUGUCAUAUACUUCCUUCCAGAUAACUAAAGACAGAUAAACCCAACUGUCAAUUUACAUAAUUUCUGUAUUGUUUCCAUGGCAUGCACAUUUAUCUGAACUAGAUCAGUGUGUAAAGAUGUACAUAUAAUCCAAAAGAGGAUUUCAGAUCAUCAAAAGCAGGUCAACAGUAGCAGAAUAAAAAAAAUACAUAUACAGGUCUACCACCGAUUUUCCAGCAACUGAUGGUCCAGCACAUCAUUUAAUCUGGACAAAAUUACGAGAGUGCACGUGAAAUUCCCCCCCAGAAAUCCCUCCAAAGUCGCCUAGGCCGGGUGAGGCAGCCGAUCUUGACCUCAUUGGGAAUUCCGCAGUCAGACUACUGCUCAGCGGGUCGAAUUUUCCCCCUGCAGCUGGAGCUCUGAAACUUCUGCCCGGAAGGGUCUCGACCCUGAAACAUCACCCAUUCCUUCUCUCCAGAGAUGCUGCCUGUCCCACUGAGUUACUCCAACAUUUUGUGCCUAUUUUCAAUCUAAACCAGCAUCUACAGUUCUUUCCUACACAUAGUGCUUUGUACCUAUCUGCUGCAAGACUUUUCAUUGAGGUGAAUCAUCAAGCAAAACAUUCUCUCUGAAAAUCUGCAGUUCAAUUUAAAAAUAUUUAUGACUAAUGAAUGUAAAACUAAAAGUAAGAGAAGUAAGGCUUGUUGAAUCUGCUUUGUAUUCCAUAAGGUUUUGGCCCUUUGUUGCCACAAUCCCUGUAUCUAUCCCCCUUUCUCAUAUUCUGUUAUUGCAAAGAUCUGGUGAUCGUAGCCUGAAAAGUAGUCAAUGACUAAACAUUCACAAAUUUUGGGGGUUAAGAAUUACAAAGAUUCUCAACAUUCUGAAAAUGUUUACCUCAACUCAUUCCUCCACCUUAUCCUGAGACUGUGAAACCUAGACGGAAGUCAUCAACCAAAUGAAAUGGCUGGCUUUGAAUCCAUCCUUUGUCGUCCUGUCAGAACUAGUUUCAAAUAAAUCACUCUCAGAACUCCAAAAAAGAUAGGCAUAUCCUACCCAUUCUGUGCUUAUAGCACAUUAUUAUAUUUCAGGAAAUAAUCUGUUAAAUAUAUUGUACAAUAAAUAUAUCUUUCCUUACACCUAUUGAGGGACCUCUGUUCUGUCUCAACACGACUUCUUUACCAUAGUCCUUUAAUCCCAAUGCACGAAAAACACCAGCAUAUCAUUUGCCUUCCUAAUUGUUUGCUGUGCACUCAAUUUAAUGUUUUUGGAUUUAUAGACAAUAGACUAUAGGUGCGGGAGUAGGCCAUUCGGCCCUUCAAGCCAGCACCGCCAUUCACUGUGAUCAUAGGUGAUCAUCCACAAUCAGUACCCCAUUCCUGCCUUCUCACCAUAUCCAUGACACUAUUAUCAUUAAGAGCUCUAUCUAACUCUCUCUUGAAAGCAUCCAGAGAAUUGGCCUCCAUUGCCCUCUGAGGCAGAGAAUUCCAUAGAUUCGCAACUCUCUGGGUGAAAAUGUUUUUCCUCAUCUCCGUUCUAAAUGGCCUACCCCUUAUUCUUAAACUGUGGCCGCCGGUUCUUGACUCCCCCAACAUCGGGAACAUGUUUCCUGCCUCUAACAUGACCAAUUCCUUAAUAACCUUAUAUGUUUUAAUAAGAUAUCCUCUCAUCCUUCUGAAUUCCAGAGUAUACAAGCCCAGCCGCUCCAUUCUAUCAACAUAUGGCUGUCCCGCCAUCCCAGGAAUUAACCUCGUGAUCCUACGCUGCACUCCGUCAAUAGUAAGAAUGUCCUUCCUCAAAUUUGGAGACCAAAACUGCACACAAUACUCCAGGUGUGGUCUCACUAGGGCCCAGUACAACUGCAGAAGGACCUCUUUGCUCGUAUACUCAGCUCCUCUUGUUAUGAAGGCCAACAUGCCAUUAGCUUUCUUCACUGCCUGCUGUACCUGCAUGCUUACUUUCAGUGACUGAUGAACAAAGACCCCCAGAUCUUGUUGUACUUCCCCUUUUCCCAACUUGACACCAUUCAGAUAAUAAUCUGCCUUCCUGUUUUUGCCACCAAUGUGGAUAACCUCACAUUUAUCCAUAUUAAACUGCAUGUGCCACGCAUUUGCCCACUCACACAACCUGUCCAAGUUACCCUGCAUUCUCAUAGCAUCCUCCUCACAGUUCACACUGCCACCCAGCUUUGUGUCAUCUGCAAAUUUGCUAAUGUAGAAGGGUGCGCAAUUCUGUCAGAACAUAGGUGUAAUUGAAGAAAAAAUGUAUACUUUCUUAUUUUUGCUGCUAUGAAUUAGCAAAGAUUUUCUCAGAAUUACAUUCUAUCUGGAACUUCUUGUCUAUAUCCGGUGGCAGGCUCUUUCCAAAGUUCCUCACAAAGAUUUAUAAUAUUAUCAAAUUUGUAUCUGCUGGUCUUGGUCUUCAAAUCAUUAUUAUUAUACUUGUAAAUUGUAGAUAGUAUGUAGAGAUUAGUUACUACCACUUUUGUAAAUGUGAGUUAUGCAUAUGACUUGAGUGUUUGACGGCACUGGGCCUAUAUUCGCUGGAGUUUAGAAGAAUGAGGGGGGGGGACCACAUUGAACGUACAGAACAGUGAAAGGCUUGGAUAGAGUGCAUGUGGAUGUUUCCACUAGUGCAAGAGUCUAGGACCAGUCAUAGCCUCACAAUUAAAGGAUGUUCUUUUAGGAAGGAGAAGAUGAGGAUUUUUUUUAGUCAGAGGGUGGUGAAUCUGUGGAAUUCUUUGUCAGAAGGCUGUGGAGGCAAAGUCAGUGGAUAUAUUUAAGGCAGAGAUAGAUAGAUACUUGAUUCUUGGUUUCAGAGGUUACGUGGAGAACGCAGGAGAAUGGGGUUAGGAGGGAGUGAUAGAUCAGCCAUGAUUGAAUGGUGGAGUAGACUUGAUGGGCCGAAUGGUCUAAUUCUACUCUGAUCACUUAUGAUCUUAUGACUUGCAUAUAGAUGGUAUAAUUAUACUGUGCAUUGUUUUAAUGCUAUCUUUGCAGUCUAAACAUUAUCCUUAUCUUAAUGUAGAUGAUACCCUGCAUUGUGGUUUUAUUACAGUGAAAUUAACUGAAUUUCUAAUUGUGCAGUAAAGUAAUUGACUGACAACAGAUUGCAAGUAAAUGAGGGUUUUUCUAAGUUAGGAAUAUUUUUAGGAGGGUAGGAUUUGAAUUUAUAAUUAGAUUUGGGGAUUGGUUAAAUUAUGGCAAAACAUUCCCUUGAUAUUCUCAUUUCAGGCAGCAACGCUGGUUCUUAUUCUUAACUUCAAUUUAUUUUGCAAAUGAACCAAAGGGGGAUAUUUAGAAACAAACCAAAAAUCUGGGUUAAAGGAAUCAUCCUAGGUCUGGUGGAGUUUGAUAAAAUCUGUCAACUGCAAAAUUAAAAGUCGAUAAAAUUGAUACAGAUCUCUCUAAUGAACAACGCAGAAUGAAUACAAAACAUUUUAAAUGUUAAUGGACCCAAUAUUUGUGAUGUCAAAUGCCAGAAACGGUAACACGAAAAGUGAACAUGAAAUGUAAACUAUGUUGUUUGAAUCAAGAUUACAUGAUCUGCAGCAUGGUGCUCCCAACAGGGAAUGGUAUUUACAAGGAUUUGAACUUGUUGGCACUGAGAAUGUCAAGUACUGCAUUCCACUAUCGUUAUCAAGAGAAAAGAGAACAAUUCAAUUCAUCAAAGUAAUGCAGUACAAUUGGUUUUUUUUUAAUCAAGGCAUGAUCGUCACAGGGUUGAGUAGUGAGAUGAAACUCAAAUAAUUGUGCUUUCAUCUUGAAAGUAAGAAAACGGUGGUGGUAUUUAUGGUGGGACAGGGGCAUUACAUGGCAAGGAUUGAAGACAAUCAUUUUUUUUCAGGAAAAGAAUGAAAUAAGUAGAGUAAUUUGUCCAAAUAGUUGAAAUCACUAAUGUUGGCAAGUCUUUCUUUGCACAAAUGAUCAUUUCACUGCUUCUCAGUAACAGAGAUAUAACUUGAUAUUAGAAGGUGUUGUCCAAGAGAAUGGGUGAGUGAGUAAGAGAUGGUUGAACACCUCCCUUACUUCUAUUUCCCAGCGCUUGCAUACAAUGAUUGUGAAAUAUUUUGGGGGCCUAGCUAUGUACAUUAUUGUUGAUGUAAAUGUUAGUCCAAGCUGGCUGGAAAUUUGAAUGGAACUUGCUCUUAUUAUGAAUUUAUCACAAAUUGGAUGUUAGGAGUGUAAAUUUCCUGCCUUCCUUCCAUGUUAUUUUGCAGAAAAUGUGGAAAUAAGCAGCAUUCGUCAUCAGAACUAUUUUGGGAUGAUUGUUUAAAGUUAACGAUGUGUACCCACAAAUUUUGGAUUUUGUGGAUUAAAAGCUGUGCUUAAUAUAAUGCCAGUUCUGUCAUACAACAACUGCCGUCAUAUAACACGUUGAAUGUAUUUGAUGAGAAUUAUUUUGUACCAUAUAUGUUUACAGACAAAUUCUAUUUAUAUCUUGUCUGUUGCUUAUAAAUUGAAAAAAAAGCAGAAUGUGUUCUGGUAUUCAUUUUCCCCCCAACAUUGUAAUAAAGAGUUAAAAGGACCACCUAUGCUGGAAUAAAUGAUCUCAAAUGAUCCACUACUAAAAGCCUUCAACGUAAUACCCUGGCAGCCAAGACUCCAUCUUCCUCCAGGUUAGUUUAAAUUUGCACAUAGCUUGUAUCACACUACACUGCUCCCCCCCCUCCUCCCUCAUCCUGGCUACAAUGCAAAUCACUAAAUAUCAGGUUCAGCAGAAUUUAUACAUGUUCAGACAUGGACUGCACAGAUUUCUAAUGCAAGUUUAUGGUAAAUAGGAUGAUGGAGGCUAGGGAUGCUAGACAGAACAAAUGCAGACAGGAAGACUUCAACAGAGGAGAUGAGGCAGCAACUGAACCAGAUAAUACUAGGGAGAGGCACAUAGGCUUAUUGGUGAAUUAUGAAUAUCUGGAAUAUAUUGCUCAGUCAUUGUGGGGAGAAGGCGAGAGAAUGGGGUUGAGAUGGAAAGAUAGAUCAGCUGUGAUUGAAUGGCAGAUUAGACUUGAUGGGUCAAUUAGCCUAAUUCUCCCCCUCUAAGCUAUGAAUUUAUGGAUGGGGGAAAAAGUGCAGGUGUUUCAAUCAGUUGCAUGGAAAAGCCAGAAGAAGGGAGAGAAUGGCAAAAGGUGUUAGACAAUGAAAUAGGCUUACAUCAUACUAAUAGAAGUCCAGGAAGCUGCUAUCAACAUAUAAGUGGGAGGAAGUAGGAAUGGAACAAAAAAGGAUCUAUAUAUUACACUAAAGGCAGACAUAGCUUGGAUUUAUACCGGCUCCCAAAGUAGCAAAUUUGAGUUGGAAAAAGUGAGUAGAGUCAAAAGAGAAAAAAUGAGUGAUAAAAUGGUACAUGUUUCUGGAGAAAUAUUAACUCUGCUUCCUUCUCCAUUGUUGGUGCCUGUCCUGCAUGGGCUACACAUUGUACAUGAGAACAGCUAGUAGAGCAAACUAUAUUUAAUGUACAAGUAAAUGAUUAUCUCAUCUGGAAGGGCAUUUGGAUGAAAAGAAAGAGGUAAAAGAGCAGGAGUUGCAAUUUCUUCUUUACUUCAUCCACAACAUGAGACACAGCAUAGCUGUUGAAUUUUGAAAGCCUACUGGGUAUCCUAGCAAUACAGGAGAUUACUUUGAAUGUAAAAUAAUGUAGAUAAAUAUAUCUUUAAUAUGCUUCUAUGUCUACAUGUUAUUCAUGUUGCUAGGCAUUGUUAAAACGAUUAUUCAAAUUCUCAUUUUGGUACAAUGGGUGCACCACAAAAUGUAUCAAAACAAAGAAGUGAUCGCUGAUUCGUAAGGAAUUACCUCAACUUUGAAAGUUCCCCACAUAAAA